AUGAUAAUAAACUUAUUUUCAGUAUUUGACCCAAGAUCUGGAAUUAUAUCUCUUAACUGAUUAUCUAUAUUGAUUAUAGUUUUAGUUACACCAACUCAAUAUUGAAAUUCACCAAACAAAAUUAUUCAUAUAUUAAUUAAAUUAUCAAUUACACUAAUAAAUGAAAUCAUUAUACAUUUAAAAAAAUAUGAACAAUCAAUUAUUUUUGUAAGAUUAUUUAUAUAUUUAUUAAUUAAUAAUGUAAUAGGACUUUUACCAUAUAUUUUUACAGCUAGUUCCCACUUAGCAUUCUCAUUAGCAUUAGCACUAACUAUUUGAAUAUCAAUAAUAUUAUUUGGGUGAAUAAACAAAACUAAUCAUAUAUUUUCCCACUUAGUACCAAUUGGAACCCCUAAUAUUUUAAUACCUUUUAUAGUAGUAAUCGAAUCAAUUAGUAAUUUAAUUCGCCCAGGUUCUUUAGCCGUACGGUUAACAGCAAAUAUAAUUGCUGGUCAUCUUCUUAUAUCAUUAUUAGGAAAUAAUUUAAGUGGAAAUUUUACACUAAUAAUAAUAAUAAUAAUAAUAUUUAUUAUUUUAAUAAUAUUUGAAUUAGCAGUAGCAUUUAUUCAAUCUUAUGUAUUUAUAACACUCUCAACACUUUACUCAAGAGAAAUUUAG